AUGCAUCUUCACUUCGAGAGAAACGUAAAUGCAAAAUGCGACUGCUCCAUACUGUCGCUGUCCUGGAUGGGGAAGGUGCCAGACGAGCUUCCAGAGGAGGAGGGCUGGAAGCUCAACCGCAACAACUAUUACCAGGAAGGAUGGCUGGCUACAGGGAACGUCCGCGGAGUGGUUGGAGUUACGUUCACAUCGUCGCAUGCGCGCCGGCCACACGAACUGCCAUUGCGCACGAAUUACAAUCUGCGCGGACAUCGAUCUGAUGUAAUCCUGGUAAAAUGGAACGAGCCAUAUCAGAAGUUAGCGUCGUGCGACAGCAGCGGAGUGAUCUUCGUGUGGAUCAAAUACGAGGGUCGGUGGAGCAUCGAGCUGAUCAAUGACAGAAGUACUCCAGUCACACAUUUCUCUUGGUCACACGAUGGACGGAUGGCACUCAUUUGUUAUCAGGACGGGUUCGUGUUAGUUGGCUCGGUGGCAGGCCAGCGGUACUGGUCGUCCAUGUUGUCUCUGGACGCGCGCAUCACGUGCGGCUGCUGGACACCGGAUGACAACCAAGUGUACCUGGGCACUGCUUCCGCACAACUCGUAGUCAUGGACGUCCACGGCGCUAUGGUUUCACAGGUGCAACUCGUAGCUGAAGGGGGCAUCAUUUCCAUGGCGUGGUCUUGUGAGAAGUUCAAGAUGGAGGAAGGCGAGGAGACAGGGGAAAACAAUGGGGGGCAUGUGCUGGCCGUAGCGCUCGGUAGCGGGGAGAUAGUGCUGCUGAGGGGGCACGAUGACGUCAGCCCGGUGCGAGUGUCCACUGGGCUGCGGGGCAACACGCUGGCCAUGGAGUGGGCCAACUCCAGGGAGCUACUGGCUGUAGCAGGAACUCUCAUUGCUGAAGCCGAUGAGCCAGCGGAUUUGCCCCCUUACAAGAACGUCGUCAAGUUCUAUUCAGACACCGGAGCACUCAUCUACACCGUGCCCAUACCUUACACACAGGGCACGGUGCGCGCGCUGACGUGGGGGCACUGCGCGCGGCGUCUGUUCGUGUGCGCGGGCGGCGCGGUGUGCACGGCGCGCGUGUGGCGCGUCGUGGCGCCGCUGCAGUUGCUGGCGCGCGUGCGGGCCGCCCAGGCGCUGCGCGACCCGCGCCUCGCGCCCCGCCUGCCGCUGCCGCCGCGUCUGCAACCUGCCCUCGCCAACCUCUUCGCACACACUAUACGGUGUAACGUUCCGGAGACGAACGAACUCCGUCUGUUCGUAUCUCGGCCGCCGGCGGCUGGCGGACGCCUGCACUGCACCAUGUUACGUCACGACGACGAGGAGGCUGGAGCCUACACUCUGUACCUGGAACACCUCGGGGGCCUUGUGCCACUACUCAAGGGAAGGAGGACCAGCAAGAUUAGACCUGAGUUCGUGAUCUUCGAUCCACAAGCUGAAGCGGAGAAGGCGUCGAGUAGCAGCAGCAGUAGCAGCAGUAGCGGCGCGACGAGCUCGUCGAGUGGGGGGGGCGCCCCCUCCCCCCGCACGCCCCGCGCCGCCCGCGCGCGCCCCUCCCACGCCGCGCUGCAACACCACGGCCACACCUCCUCCUCCGACACCGAACGAGAAGAAGGUUGCUCUGGAUCUCCGCGGCUACAACGACGGCGCCGGGCGCGGGAGAGGCGAAAGGUACGGAACUCCAGUGAGAAGGAAGACGCACCCGACGAACUCGCGUAUAUCGACUCCUUGCCCGAGGAUGUACGUUUAGUAGAAGUAACAUCUAAUAUAUGGGGAACUAAAUUUAAAAUGCAUGGUUUAGCUAAAAAUGUCCCGGCCAACCUCGGCCAGGUCACGUACAAGACCUCCUUACUCCAUCUCCAGCCGAGGCAGAUGACCCUCAUGAUCACAGAGCUUCGGGACGACUACCCUGUCGGGCCGGACCCUAACUUCAAUCCUAACAUCUUCUCCGAGGAUGAAGAGGAAGUAUUUCAACCCAACGACUCCAACGAUUCUCCCUCGCAUACUAAUAAUAAUAUCAGAAGAAAGUUAACUCUCAACGAAAGAUUAAACAAUAGUAACAACACCAAUCAAAACGACAGCUACGCGGCCAACAACAACAACACGAGCAGCCCGUCCCUGGCGCGAGCCGAGUCGUACGACGAGUUCCCUUACAUCGACACCACCGAGACCGUGAACAACGUGCCAGAGAGCGUGUACUCGCCGGCCGUCCGGCACGCGGGCCAGCACGCCGGCCAGCCCGCCGAGCGCCGGGUCAGCAACCCCGCCGGGGUGCCCAACCGACACGCUAUCUCCCCACUGCGCUGUGAGAGCUCCGUGCCCACGCUACAGUCGCCUAAAAACGCAGUAGCGCCCACAGAUAUCAUAUUUGAGAGACCCUCACCGCAGACAGUCACGUGCGGGGGGCGGGGCGACUUCUGCGGGGGCAGGACUGACUACAGCGUGCGGGGAGAUAACGUGUCGCUCAAAGGAAACUUGUCCAACAUAGAACAACAAUCUUUCAAUCUUAAUUUAAGUCUCGAGCCGAGCCGACAGGUCACGAUAAAGAAAUGUGAUAACCACGUCACCGACAACUGCCUUUCAAAACUACGCAAGAACAUUUGCAGCAGAGGCGAGUCUGCUUCAUACGACAUGAAUACGAGAAUCCUAAAAUCACUCUGUAACAAAAAUUACGAGCACGAAGUGCACCCAGACGCUCUGAGUAAACGCGGUGAAGCGAUGAAGCACUUGCCAAAGAGUGAGGAUUUGAAGUUUAUCGACGAGGAGACUCCCGUGGAUACCACUAUCAAUAAUCUGACGGACAAGGCUCGGGAGGUCACUGGCAAGGUGCAGAGGACGACGACAGUGGUGCCCAUCAGUCCUGUGUGCGCCACCAUCCCCGUGUACGACACCAUGACUAGGAGUUGCAGCGUCGGCUAUCUGGAUCUCGUGGACCCUCAGGUACUUCACGCGCAGGUGAGUUUGACGGCACUGCGAGGCGAGCCCCCGCGGAGACUGGUACUCGUGAACAACAAGCGUCACCGGCGGCAGAGACGACACGUGCGUGCGGGAGACUCCAAGCAGGCAGAGUGUACCAAGACCCCGAGCUUACGAAGAUGUGGCAAGUCCAGGAGCCUCGAUUCCAGUGAAAUGUCUCUAACUGUAGAUAAGAGUAAGCGACAGUCGCGGGUAGACACGGUGUCGCCGAAGGCGGAGCCCACGUCCGCGCAGUCGAGCAGCCGCUGCACCAGCGCGGGCGAGGACAACAGCGGCACGUCGGCGUCCGACAGCGGGCGCGCGCCGCGCCGCCCCGCCCCCGCAUGCUCCGCCUGCCGCGCCGCGCCCUCCGCGCCCGCGCCGCGCCCGCCGCCCGACAGCGACUCCGACUACAGCAAGUAUUACAGUUCGCUGGAACAACUGGCGCUGCGGCUGCUGGCGUCGCGGUCUCUGCGGGCCGCGGGAGGGGCGGGGGCCGGGGCGGGAGGGGGCGUGGCCCGCGAGGUAAGUUCGGCGCCUGCAUCGCCGCGGCCACGUCCUGCGAGGGACCACGGUGCCGCGCCCGCCCCCGCCCCUCAUACACCGCAACACACUCCACCCCGCAGACAUCGGUACUCUUCUGCAUCUCCUAUCAGGCAACUACUAAACUCUCCGCUCUUGAAUCGAAGAAGAAACAAGAAACCGUCCGAAAGUUCCGACGACGAGUAUUCAACGGGCGGUGGCUACAGCGAGGUCAACGGCAAGAACUACAGAGAUUUGGAAAGUUUCCAGAAGGCACAACUUAGGAAUAAGUUGAAACGCGCGGGCGGCGUGAUGUCCGGCAGUAGUACGGCGGGCGACAGCCGCAACAACAGCGCGCGGCGACAGCUCGUCAUGCACAACAAGGCGCCGAUGUGGAACGAGAACAGCCAGGUCUACCAGCUCGACUUCGGUGGCCGAGUCACACAAGAAUCCGCCAAGAACUUCCAAAUAGAAUAUCAUGGGAAACAGGUAAUGCAGUUUGGACGUAUCGACGGAAACGCGUACACGCUGGAUUUCCAGUACCCGUUCUCAGCACUUCAAGCCUUCGCGGUGGCUCUUGCCAACGUCACACAACGUCUGAAGUAAACUCCAUCCGUACGAUUGCUGACAGCGUUCGGGCCUCGUAGCCAAGCUGACCGGAGACUGGCCUAUCAUAGUGUUACUUUGAGUAAAACCUUUCGUAGUCCACACUUAGAUUAUCAGUUCUAUACCAUUUUUCUGCGGUAAGCAUAUAGCAGUUAGUUGUUGGAUAACAUUUCUGUCCUUAUAAUGACUCUCAUAGGAACUUGUAUUCGCCAGUAUCCUCGGUCAGCGUCCUCGUUAGAAGCUGUUACGCCAUUGAUCGACUAAGCUUUGUAUACACUCGUCUUAUUUAACGCGUAAUUGAUCAGCGAACUCGCCCAUCUAAAGAUAUUUUUUACACAAGCGUAGAUAGGAUAGUCUUGUAAAGUUUCAAAUUCAGUCUCAAUGCCGAUUAAUGAGAAAAUCGGAUAUAUUGUAGUAGGG